GGGCUGGGCUGGCUGGCGGGGCGGGCCCGGCGCCGUCACUUGGGCCGGAGGCGGGCGGCAGUGAGGAGGGAGAAGGGAGCGCUGCCGCUGUCGUCGCCACCACCACUAUCACCACCACCUCCCCGGGCUCAGCCGCCAUGAUCCGCCUCCUGCUCCUAGUCUGCUCCAUCGCUGGCGCCGCGCUGGCCAGCGACGUGGUCGAACUGACGGACGACGACUUCGAGGAUCAGAUCGACGACCACGACCUGGCGCUGGUCGAAUUCUUCGCUCCCUGGUGUGGCCAUUGCAAACGGUUGGCCCCAGAAUAUGAAUCUGCCGCCACAAAGUUAAAAGGAAAAGUUCCUCUAAUUAAAGUUGACUGCACUGCAAAUACAAACACAUGUACCAAGUAUGGAGUUAGUGGGUAUCCAACUUUGAAGAUAUUCCGUGAUGGUGAAGAUUCAGGGUCUUACGAUGGUCCCAGAACAGCAGAUGGAAUUGUCAGCCAUCUGAAGAAACAGGCAGGACCCAGCUCUAUAGAAGUUAAAACACCGGAAGAACUGGGGAGCUUCAUUAACAAUGCAGAUGCUUCAGUUAUUGGUUUCUUCGAGGACCCUGCCAGUACACCCCAGGCAGAUUUCCUUAAAGCCGCAAGUGCAAUGAGGGAGAACUACCGUUUUGCUCACACCAAUAAUGAAGAGCUAAUUAAGAAAUAUGAAAUUAAAAAUGAAGGCAUUAUCUUGUUCCGACCUCAGCGACUAGCAAAUAAGUUUGAGAGCAGCAAUGUGCAAUAUACAGAAGCAAAGUUCUCAAAUACAAAAAUUAAAACAUUUGUUCAAGACAACAUCUUUGGUAUCUGCCCCUAUAUGACUGAAGAUAAUAAGGACCAAUUUAAGGGAAAGGACCUGCUGGUAGCAUACUAUGAUGUGGAUUAUGAAAAGAAUCCAAAGGGUUCCAACUACUGGAGAAAUAGAGUGAUGAAAGUUGCUCAGAAGUUCCUGGAGGCUGGUGAGAAGCUGCAUUUUGCUGUUGCCAGUCAUAAAUCCUUCGGCCAUGAGCUUUCAGAAUUUGGUUUGGAUUCUAUCAAUGGUGAAAUUCCUGUUGUUGCUGUCAAAACAGCUAAAGAUGAAAAAUAUGUGAUGCAAGAGGAGUUCUCGCGUGACGGUAAAGUGCUGGAGCGUUUUCUGGAGGAUUACUUUGGUGGUAAACUGAAGCGUUACCUAAAGUCAGAGCCAAUUCCAGAGACCAAUGAUGGUCCUGUGAAGAUUGUGGUAGCUGAGAACUUUGACGACAUUGUAAAUGAUGAAACAAAGGAUGUCUUGAUUGAGUUUUAUGCACCCUGGUGUGGUCAUUGCAAGAGCCUUGAACCCAAGUAUAAGGAACUUGCAGAUAAGGUGAGCAGUGAUUCCAAUAUUGUCAUCGCCAAAAUGGAUGCUACAACCAAUGAUGUGCCUUCACCGUAUCAAGUUCAAGGGUUCCCCACACUUUAUUUUGCACCAAUGGGUAAAAAGAAGAGUCCAAAGAAAUACGAGGGAGGCCGUGAAAUUAAUGACUUCAUGAGCUACUUGAAGAAGGAAUGCACGCAUCCUCUGACUGCAGUUGAAGAAGAAAAGAAAGCCAAGAAGAAGGACCGGGAAGACCUGUAAAUGAUUGGAAGCAGCUCAGAUGUUGGCGUUGUUAUGCAAGGAGUAAUUGGAACCAGGGGUUGGGUUAGAGAUUUGGUGGUGGUAUAGUCACUUUUUAAGAAGAUUAACAAUCUGCCAUACCAUUUCUGUAUCAAUUUUACGAUGCACUAUCAAUGAGUUACUGAAUCAAAAGGGGGCAGAAAUUCAGGUUUUGUUUUGGUCUUAUUUUGUACUGGUGAAUGUUUUUGUACAUUUUGAACAAUAAACCCCUUUAAACCAAACUGCUGGCCAUGCCCUAUAUUGCAGAGUAACGUUGUAGCAGGUUACACAUUUUGUUUCAUCUCAUCAGAUGGGGUUUUAAUUUCAAAUGCAGUAUGUUGAACUUUUCUGUUGAACUAGUAGUGCAAGUACAGCCCUUCAUGCUUCAAAUAAUUAAUUUGAGCUGGUAUUUGCCAUUACCAGGAGCUGACUUAAACUGUCUGAUGUUAGAGGUCAAACAAUCUUGAGUGACAGCAUUCCUGAAAGUCACAGACACCCUAUGUUCUAAUUUCUCCUCCUUGCCUAAAUUGUCGAAUGGUUGAAUAAUUGAAUGUACCGAUGGCUGCAGAAAACAGUCCUAAUUUCAGAUUUUCCAUUUUUCUCUUCUGGUUUAUUUUGUGGAUGAUCUAUAAAUAAACAAGCACAUUGUCCCGACCGGGUAGUAGUGGUUCCUCAUGGCUGUGCAGGGAGGGGGUUGGAAUUGUAGCCAUAGAACACAUUGUAGAACACAUCCCUUUACCUUUAUAUUUUAAUAACGUCUCGGCCUUCGACUGUUCAUCUUCUGAAUUGGGGUAGAAUUGGUUCUUGUAGACUGUUUGUGCCAGUCAGUCAUUGUUGCAAAUUUGACCGAAUGAAUCAUUUUUACCUUCACAAGGCUGACAUUUGUCCUGAAGACAGCAGUCAGAACAUGAGGAAUUAGUUGGCUUUGCCCCAUUCAGUCUGAUUGCUACCCACUGAUGAUCCUUGAGUUUAGCCAUGAAUAAGAGAAUACUGCCCUCAAUCUCAGCAGCUGACGCAUUUAACUACAACUUUGAUCUUUCAUGGAUCACUUAUUUGGCCCUAGCAAGAAAACAUUAUUUCUGUGUGAAACUAAAAAGAUUAAUUCAAAGAUUCCCUCUAAGGUUGAUCCUUGGUCUCCCCCCCAUCUCUAAUCAAAUGGGUUGGGGGAGAUUUUUGUGUAUAGUUAGAGCAGGACUUGGCUUUGGGAGGAGUAGACAGUCUCAAGAUAACUGGCACAAAUAACCUGUAAUUCUGGAACCGAGUAGGAGGGGGGGAGGCACAAUUUAAGGAUUCACCUGAAUAUUCUGUGGAAGUCAGAUUUGAGUUUAGAUGAUUGAGGUAGGUCUCUGGUGUUAACCUACCAUUAUCCAAUUGCCAGUCUGGAUGCAGAGCAGAUAAAGCUACUAACUGACAGGGCCUAACAAUACUGGAUUAUUUCAGAUGGGAAUCAAGUACAGUUGUGGGCAUUUGACUGCAAAAUGUUGGGCUAAUUAAACAUUUUCCAGAUGACUAAAGGGAUGAAUAUGAAAUUGGCUGGUUACAAAGUGAGAUGUAGCUCAGCCUUCACAUCUAUUUCUGAUGCCCAGCUCAAAUCAUUACAUCCUUGCAAGAAAUCAUUCGAUACAUAGUUUCAGGUAAAUUUUAAUGUCAACUGUGCUUGGGGAAAGCUGGGAGGCAUUGAUUUGGACUCCUGCUCUCGUGAUCAAUGCUCCAUAUUCAGCUUGUCUUGAAUCAGAUUGGUGGCAACCUCAGCAUAAGAAAAAAACCUUGCCAAAUAAUACAUUUGUUUCUGAAGAACUCUAAAGCAUUUUGCAACUCUCCAGAAUUUCAUUCAAAAAUGUAAUAUUGCUGUACCAAAACUUAAACUACUUGGGAAUUUUAAAUUCCUUUGCUGAGUGAUUAUAAAACCAAGGAGUUAUACUGAAUACAAUAGUAUAGUUAAAAAUGAUUAACAAAGAUAUUUGUGAUAUACCUUGACACAAAAUGUCAAGCAACGUGACCAAGUUAAAAUCCUUAAGAUUCAAAACGAAAUGUGAUUUUCAGUAACCAGACCUGGAUCUCAUGUAGACUGCUCUAAUGCAAAAUUAUAGUUGCAUUACAAUGUGUACUUUUUUUUAAUGUAAAGCAACAUGUUAAAACUGACUAGUUGCAGAAUAUGUUGAAUUAAAAAAAUGUUGGCACAGCAUUACCAAAGCACAUUUGCAACAUUGGAGUGGGGUGAAUGAUUGUACCGGAAGACAACCAAUGUCUUUGCAAAUAUUGUCACUGAAAUAUUGAGGAAUUAAUAAAUGCAGACUUGGCCAGUGAAUGUCAAAGCAGUGGUAAUGAUAGGAUUAACAAUUUUCAAGCAAAAAGUAUUAUCAUCUAUUAUGGAAUAAAGAUAUGGAACAAGAAAUAUUUAGGGCAAGACACCCUGGAUAAAUAUUUUAACCAAUGUCAAUAUGUACAUGACAUUGCCCGACAUGGCAGUUUUGCCUUCUUGGGCAUUUCUAUUCCAUUGGCACUCAGUUAAAAUGGAGUAAGGAGGCCUGAGAUUGCUGGGGUUUUCUUCUGUGCAGUUCACUGAUGAGACCCAGUAAUGCCAUACUCCUCCAUUAGUGCUGCUUUGCAAUCUUCACUGUAAAACAAAAACUUUAAUCAUUUUAGGACCAUCCUAAUUCUGCUGUAGAAUAAAGUAUGAAAAUGCCACAUUUUAUUGUCAUGAGUUUUCAAUCACCUACAACAAAACUGCUCAACCAACUGACCCUUAAAACUAUUUUAUGUUUGUCAUUCCUACAGAGUUUUAAAUUCCAUGGAAUUUAAAAUAAAAUGUAUUUUGUUUAUUCAAAAUUGCCUUUUGUACUUCACCCAAUAAUCUCCUGUGCAGUUGAUGGUCUUUAAUUUGUGCUCUGUAAAAUGUUUAAAAUACAAGUUAAAAAUGCUUGUU